AUGGCAGCAGCGAUGAUCCAUGCUGAAUUUGGGGACGACUGUGACCUGUAUGCGGUGAUGGGUGUGUCGAGAUCAGCCACUGAUAAGGAAAUUACUCGGGCUUAUCGUAAACUGGCUCUGAAAUAUCACCCUGACAAGCAACGAGGUGAUAAAGCUUCGUGUAUCAAAGCAACAGCCAAGUUUCAGGCUGUGAGUGCCAUCCAUUCGAUCUUGAGUGACAAGGAAGCACGUGCGGUCUACGAUGAGUCGGGCACAAUCCUAUCGGACGACCAUGACAACAAGACCUCGUCGUUCCAGAUGUGGACACAAUACUUUGCACGUAUCUUUCCCAAGGUAUCCAUGGAGGAUAUUGACAGGUUCGAGGGGGAAUAUCGUCACUCAGAUGAGGAAAGACGUGAUGUUCUGUCCGCCUACACCAAGUACGAGGGUAAGAUGCAGCAAAUCUUGGACACGAUCAUGUUGUCCACGGACGACGAUGAAGAACGCUUUGCGGAGAUGAUCCGGAAGGCCAUUAAAGAGAAGGAGUUGAAGACCUUCCCGACAUGGCGCGAGUACGUGAAGAAGCAGUCCAAAAAGACGAAAAGGAAAGAAACUCCGGUAGAGCAAAAGCGCAAGCAAGCAAAGCGUGAGAAGGAAGCGCGCGAGGCCGAAGAACUGUUGAAAAAGAUCCAAGGCAACCAGAAAAAGCGUGGGGAGGAGUCGGACAGCACAGCGCUCAGUACGGAAAGAAAGCGCGAAUUUAAAUCGUUGCUUGGCAGCUUGGAAGCCAAGUACACUGACAAGGGUAAAAAGUCAAAGCGUAAGGCUGCAUCGCAGGACCCAGGCGAGCCCAGUGAAGAAGAGUUCCUCGCCGCCCAGAAGCGGCUAAACCGUAGCAAAAAAUGUGCUGAGUAA